AUGAUAUUUCUCUUCGCGGUCCUCCUCGGCAGCCCUGGCACCGCCGCGAGCGGGGCCGCGGGCCCUGGGCUGGCGGAGCCGACACGGGCAUGCGAGGCGUGUCUGCUUUCCAGACCUGUUGCGGGGGAGAUGCGGGAGGAGGACGAGGCCAGCCUGCUGCAGCGCGGCGCCGCUUCCCUUGCUGUGGCAGGCCCCGAGGCCUCGGGGGAAGAGGCACAGGAGUUCCUCCAGGGCUCUCGGCACAGCAGUAUCGCAGGGAAGUCGAUCUAUCUGAUCAUGAUUGAUCGCUUCGCACGCGAGGGAGGCUACAGUGCCGGGGACGAUUCGAAGUGCUCUGGGAGCAAUUGGUGUAAUGGCACGUUGCGCGGGAUUACACUACAUUUGCCUUAUAUCAAGCGGAUGGGCUUUGAUUGUAUUUGGGUAACCCCGCCAAUAAAGAACUUCGACGGUUACGAUGGACAGAGCGGCUAUGGCUACGCGGGCUAUUGGGCCGAGGAUCUCUACGACAUCGAUCCGCACUUUGGUACGAAGAUCGACUUGAAAGAGUUGGUACGUGAGACGCACAGACACGGCAUGUGUUUCAUCUUAGACAUCGUCUUGAACCACGUGAGGCCGAUCCACUCGGUGGCGGACUUGGCCGUAGUCCAUCCCUUCAACGAAACCGGAUAUUUUCACCAGCUCGGCAUCGGCAACUCAACCUUCGACGAGUACAGCGCCAAGAAGAGCAGCUGGCCUCCUCCUACCCAGGCCCUCUCUGUGGGAGCUUCUUGCGCAGUGCGGGUGGGCAUGGAUGGCAAGAAGGAUUGGACCAAUGGUGGUAAUUACUGCAAUAAUUUCAACCCAUCGGACGUGUUCAACGAGAGCACAUACUUGGGCGAAGACGCGCCUGGCCCGAAUACGCUGUCGUAUUGUGGGCCAGGAAAUUUUGACUGCAAAGGAUACAACGUCACAUCAACUUUGGAGGGUUGGUUCUAUGACCUCGCAGAUCUGAACCAGUCCGUGCCUUUCGUGCGGGAGAGCCUGAAGGAGUGGGCAGCCUGGAUGGCCACAGAAUACGAUAUCGAUGGUGCCCGGUUGGACACGGCGCCCUUCAUGCCCCAUCAUUUUCUCUUCGAGGUCCAGGAGCAUUUGAGAAGUUUGCAGAAGCCCAUCGAUAUCGAGGACGUCACAACAACGAACGUUUCUUUUCAUGCCUCGUUCCAGCUCCAAGGAGGUGGGCCGGUCCUUGCAGGAAUGGAGAAUUUUCCUUUAGCUUAUCUUGCGACGGCUGGAUACUGCGGGUGGCCCCGGUCGCCUUCUUCCCCGAUCGCCAUGAAAAAUCUGUCGUACCUCUCAGCAGCUACGAAGACGCAGCUCGAGAGCGGUUUGUAUUCUCACCCCGACUUGUUGAUGAACUUCAUGGACAGUCAAGAUGACACUCCAGUGGCUGGUCUUUUCGCAGUCCCUCCCAAGGAUGAUGAUCCCUUUGGUGGUGGCAUGGGCACGGGCGGAUGCAUUGACAGCCCUACCCUUGUCAGGAACGCGCUGACAUGGGCGAUGCUUGCCAGGGGGAUGCCCGUUAUCACAUGGGGAGACGAGCAGGGGAAUACCGAGAAUCGAAAUUCUCUUUGGCAGCAUGGCUGGAAGACAACCACCUGGCAAUACCAGUUCAUCAAGUCGCUGAAUCGCAUUCGCAGCGAGCAUGGCCUGGGGCUCAAGGGUGCAGAUGUCGUUCAUGCAAGCGCGGACACCUUCGUCUUCAAGAGGGGGCGCGCAGAUUGCGCUGAGACCGUGUGGAUCUACACCAACAACAUGGAGACGGACGAGUCCAGGCUCGUCGAGUAUCCCGGCGUUCCCAGGAUGGUGCUCCCAGGAGGCAAGAUAUGGGUCGACGCCAUCACUGGGAAGCGGGCCCGCCUCUCUGGCGGCCGCUUGGUGGCCGAGGGCACGGAGCCUCAGGUUUUGGUGGCCCGAGCGAGGAGUUGA